UGACGACGAUACAUCCCGCUUCGAUGCCCCCGGCUUUUCCUGACCUCGUGACCCCCGCCUGAACGAUUGCCGUCGCUACCUUGGCCCAUCGUAGCUUCGUCGGCGAUGCCUGCCAGCCAGGUGGAUGCUCCUGUAGCCAACGGGCAUGAGGGACACGCUCAUUCACCUACCAAGAAAGGCAAAGGAAAGAAAGGAAUGGAUAACAACGAGGCAUCGCGUCUGCUCCAUGCGCGGAUAUCCCAGCUGGAGCAGGAUGCUGCGGGAGAUAAGGAGCAAGAGCUGGAGAUUGAACGUGAAGUGAAGAGAGCGAAUCGGGAUCUCCUCCAGCAGGUAUCCAAGAUGGACAACAUGCAGAAAAUCGACCACCUCACCAAGCGGUCUAGUGAACUCUUGGCUGAUAUGCGACGAUUGGAGCGUGAAAAUCAGAAGAACAAGCGCCGCGGGGACACUUUACAAAAGGAGAGAGAUGCGAGCCGUACGGAGCUUAAUAAGACGGUCGGCCUUAAAGAGAAGUUGGAAAAGUUAUGUCGCGAGCUCCAGCGGGACAACAACAAGAUGAAGAAUGAGAAUAAGGAGCUUCAGACGACACAGAAACGGAACAACGCUCACUGGGACGAAAAGUAUGCUACACUCCUGACAAAACUCGAUGGAUAUCAGGAAGAGAAAGAUACUCCGAAGAAGCAAGUCGUAGAUAUGGAAGUCGACGAACUUUUCCGAAUUCGCUUCAAAUCAUUCAUUGAGCAAUACGAGUUACGAGAACUGCAUUUCCACUCGUUAAUGCGCACCAAGGAACUCGAAGUACAGUACCAUAUGGCGCGAUACGAACGGGAGAAGAAGAACGCAGAAGGGGAAUCGACGAAGGCCCGGCAUCUACAAGCGCAAGUUCAGGCGUUUACCAAAACAGAAACUGAGCUGAGGAAUCAGCUUAAUGUUUACGUUGAUAAGUUUAAGCAGGUGGAGGAUACCUUGAACAACAGUAACGACUUGUUCUUAUCAUUCCGCAAAGAGAUGGAGGAUAUGUCGAAGAAGGGCAAGCGGUUAGAGAAGGAGAACGAAGCCCUGAAGCGACAGAAGGAGGCGACAGCUGCCAACAUCAUCCGCAUGGCCGAAGAGCGCCAGGACUGGAAGAAGAAGACAGAAACCGCCGAGAAGAAGACCGAGAAGCUCAUGAGCAUCAUCCAGCAAAUGCAGCAACAAGGACGUAGGGUACCGCCUGGAAUGUCCAACACCGUCGAAAGCGGUUACUCCGACAGUCACGGAGGAAACGAAGGAGACGAAAGCGACUAUUCCGACGAGGAGGGCGAGGAAGAAGAACUUAGCGAGUUCGACGACGAUACAGAGGAGGAACCACAAGGCAACGAGCAAGGAACGCCAGUGGCCUAUGGCCCUGAACGUCCCCCUCAGCCGGUUCCUUCGGCGGCGACAAACGGGCACUAGGAGGCCACUCAGGAGGGGGCUCAAACUGGAGCCAGUGUCAAGAGGAGACUC